GUGGAGAUUUGAGAGAGAGAUGAGAGCCGACCAGAUUUAAGCCCCAGUUUCCCGGUUUGAAGAGAUGUCCCACGAUAGGAUGAACCGCUUCUUCGUCGGUAGCCUGGUCUUCCUGAUGGCUUCCGUGCACCCGGUGACUUCCCACCCCCAGUGUCUGGACUUCAAGCCCCCGUUCCAGCCCUCCAAGCCCCUAUCAUUCUGCACCAUGUAUUCCACGUUUGGUUGCUGCGAUACUCGCAGGGACUCCGCCAUCUCUCGAAAGUACCGGCAAAUCCUCAGUUACUUCCAUUCCUCAGCGAUCCCCGUCUGUGCCAGGUACAUCCAGGAACUCCUAUGCCAGCGGUGCUCUCCGUUCGCCGCCCACCUGUACGACGCGGAGGACGCCAACACGCCAGUACGCCAGCUGCCGGGCCUGUGCGCCGGUUACUGCACCGCCUUCUGGCGGCAGUGCCGCUCGGCCCUCAGCCUGCUGACGGAGGGCGGCGCGCAGGCACUCGAGCCCGACCGGGACGCCUUCUGCCGCCGCCUCGAGCUGCGCGACCCCGACUACUGCUACCCGAACGUGCUGCGGAGCACGCGGCCCGGCAGCGGGCUGGGCAAUGCGCGCACGGACUCGAGCGGCUGCCUCCAGCUCUGCCUGCGCGAGGUGGCCAAUGGGCUGCGGAACCCGGUCGCCAUGGUGACCGCUGGCGACGGUACCCGCCGCCUGUUUGUAGCCGAGCAGCUGGGCCUGGUGUGGGCCUACCUGCCGGACGGCUCCCGCCUUAGCCGUCCGUUCCUCAACCUGACCCAGGCCGUGCUCACCUCGCCAUGGCUGGGCGACGAGCGCGGCUUCCUGGGUCUCGCCUUCCAUCCCGACUUCAGGCGCAACGGCAAGGUCUACGUCUACUACUCGGUGUACACCCGCAAAAAGGAGAGGAUCCGCAUCGGCGAGUUCCGCCUGCUGCCCGACAACAUGAACGCGCUAGACCCCACGUCGGAGAGGGUGAUCCUGGAGGUGGUGGAACCUGCUUCAAAUCACAAUGGGGGGCAGCUUCUCUUUGGAGACGACGGGUACUUGUACAUCUUCACUGGAGAUGGGGGAGGAGCUGGGGAUCCCUUCGGACUGUUUGGAAAUUCUCAGAAUAAGUCAUCGUUACUGGGCAAAGUGCUGAGGAUCGACGUGAACCACAAUGAUCACGGACCCCCGUAUCGCGUCCCCCCGGAUAAUCCGUUCAUGGGGGAAUGGGCAGCGAGGCCUGAAGUCUAUGCCUACGGGGUACGGAACAUGUGGCGCUGCUCGGUGGACCGGGGUGACCCGGUGACCGGCGCCGGGAAGGGGCGACUGUUCUGCGGUGACGUUGGCCAGAACAAAUACGAGGAAGUGGACAUUAUCCAGAAGGGAGGCAACUACGGUUGGCGGGCCAAGGAAGGCUUCUCCUGCUAUGACAAGAAACUUUGUGCCAACUCCUCCCUCAAUGACAUCCUACCAAUUUUUGCCUAUCCUCACAAGUUGGGCAAAUCGGUGACAGGUGGUUAUGUCUACAGAGGCUGUGAGAUGCCCAACCUCAAUGGGCUUUACAUCUUCGGAGACUUCAUGAGCGGGCGUCUCAUGGCUCUCAAGGAGGAUGCUGGUUCUGGGAAGUGGCAAUAUCACGAGAUUUGUAUGGGCAGUGCCAAAGUCUGCAACUUCCCUAAGCUCAUCAAUAGCUACUAUCAGUACAUCAUCUCAUUUGCUGAAGAUGAGGCAGGUGAACUUUACUUCAUGUCGACUGGAAACCCCAGUGCUUAUGCACCUUCAGGGACGCUGUACAAACUAGUUGACCCUUCCCGCCGUGCGCCGCCAGGGAAAUGUCACUUUAAACCUACGCCUGUGAUUGUGAAGGGGAAGUUGAUUCGGUUUCGUCGAAAGCAGAAGCUCAUUGAUGACUCCCCUGUCACCAUGGUGCCUCCGAGAGCAACCUCAGUCAACCACACACUGACCCCUUCCCGUGCUCCAAAACAGAGAUCAAGAACAAUGCCGACCCCGAGGGAAAGAACUUGGAGCACGACUUCUGCCCCCCAGCUGGCCAUUCCGACUCGGCACAGGCCCACCGCGGCUACGCCGAGGACCACUACAUCUGGACCAGCCACCAGCAGUAGAUUGUCUGAACGGCCGGCCAAGCCCAAGGGAGGAGGCAGGCGAAAGGGCCGACGGCCAAAGAAGAAACGCACCAAGCUACAGGAAGGCGCAGUGCGCUUAGCAGGGGCAGGGAGGUCUCGCGGGCGAGGCAGGGUGGAGGUCCGCUUGGCCGGCAAGUGGGGCACGAUAUGUGAUGACCUGUGGGACUCCCGAGCAGCAGAGGUGGUGUGCCGGCAGCUGGGUUACUCUGGUGCACUCCGUGCCACGCGAAAGGCUGAGUUCGGCCCCGGCAUUUCUCUGCGCAUUCUCCUGGAUGAUGUGCGGUGUGUGGGCACUGAGAGGAGUCUCCUACAUUGCCGGCAUUCACCCAUCGGAGAGCACAAUUGUUCCCACGACGAGGAUGCUGGUGUUGUCUGCAGCCCCAGAGACCAGUAAACAUUUCAGGGUCUUCUCAUCCACCCCAUCUAAUUAACUUGUCAGACAGGCCCUUCAGCCCAUCCAGUCCCUGCUGACCAAACACCCGAUACACCAAUCCUACAUUAGAACAGUACGGUACAGGAGCAGGCCCUUCAGCCCAUCCAGUUCCUGCUGACCAAACACCCGAUACACCAAUCCAGCAUUAGAACAGUACGGCACAGGAGCAGGCCCUUCAGCCCGGCCAGUCCCUGCUGACCAAAUACCCUCUACACCAAUCCAGCAUUAGAACAGUACGGCGCAGGAGCAAGCCCUUCAGCCCAUCCAGUUCCUGCUGACCAAACACCCUCUACACCAAUCCAGCAUUAGAACAGUACGGCACAGGAGCAGGCCCUUCAGCUCACAGAGUUACAGUGGUGCUAGAAAAUUUCUGAACCCUGUGGAAUUUUCUCUAUCCAUAUCCUACUAAAACUCUCAUGCUCUGUCUGUUUGUGACCUCCAGUUAGCACAAACGGUGCAUUACAGAGACACUUUUUUUGGCUAAAUCAAAUUAAAAUGCGCUAACUUGCAGAAUGCAGGCAAAGUUCAGGGUUAUAUAUUCGUAUAACAUUGUUCAUUCGCCAAAAAUCAACAGGCUCCUUUUUAACCUGAGAGCCGAUCGGCCAUCAUGGAAAUCAGGACGCGACAGCCCGAUGCAUGCGCACGGCCAGUCUCAGCAGCGACACCUACCGGAGUAAAAGGGCAGGGCAGCUCUAUUUCGAGGGGUCACAUUCUGCUAAUCACCAUCAGCAUGUGCAGGAUUGGGACAGAUCUAACUGCCACCCAUCAAUAAGAGAUGAUUAAAUCUUAUUGUAAUUAUGUACUUCCAGACACCCAUAAAACCCUUUGCUGCAGUCAAAGGACAGAGGUGACUAUAUCAUGUUCAUUUACGAGAGCCAACCACAUCAUCAACAAUAAUCAGCAUCCUUUGAUGUUACUGCUUUGCAUCUUCUAUCCAGCAUUAGGGUAAAAAAAAAUGGUCAGCCUAAUUAUGCCACGUGGAAAGGGAAGGAGGACAUUAUGGUCAAGAGAUGACACCAAAUGUCAUCAGGAAGCGGCAAGGAGAGGGAGAGAACAAGAAUCAGAUGAGGCCAGCACUGCACGACUCCAGGAUCAAAGAGUCAGGACAAAAAAAGAUGAGAGAAGAAGAGACAGAGGAGGAGAGGAAUGCACGUCUCCAGGAUCAGAGACAAACAACAAACAGCAGAAGAGCUGAAGUGACGGGGGAUGAAAGGGCUCUAUGCCUCCCAAAUGACAAAGAGAGGCACAAGGGUGGCAGGUUAACUAGAAAUGAUGCCAUCAAAAGUGUCCUUCGUUAAAUGAGGAGAAGCUAUAUUUGCUUUGCUAUGCGUCAUUCUUCUUUAAUAAACUGAGGCUUUUUCUACUUCCGUUUCCAAAGCAAAGCGAUACCAACAGCAUUCAGGAAAAUUUAAUGUUCAUUCUGGUCACAUCAGACUGCACUACCCUUCUCUCAAAGGGUGCCCCAACGGGUCACCCCGUUGUCUAGUUUCUGUAUAACUUUGACUUAAAGUAUUAAAAACGUUUGUAGAUUAGAUUAUGAGGACACACAGUCCUCUUUCAUUGUCAUUUAGUAAUGCAUGCAUUAAGAAAUGAUACCGUACGAUCAGAUCUUCACGCAAGUGCUAAAACUAGAUAAAGAGAAUCCAAUUAAACAAAUAACACAAAAUCCAUUAUACUUGUUCCUAUAAUUAUUGAGAAAAAUGAUCCAAUAGUGUAUGUAUUUGAUGGAAAAAGUAUGUGAACCUCUGGGGUAAUGCCUUCUACAAAAACUAUUUGGAGUCAGGUGUUCCGUUCAAUGAAGUGAGAUUGGAGGUGUCCACUGUAGAAGUGCCCUGCCCUAUGUAAAAGACACACAAAGUCAGGUUACUGACAGAGCCUGCUCUUCUCAAGAAAGAUCUGUUUAUGUGCACCAUACCUCGAUCAAAACAGCUUUCAGAGGACCUUAGAUGAAGAAUUGUAGAGAUGCAUGAAGUUGCAAAAAGCUACAAAAGCAUUUCUAAAGACCUGCGUGUUCAUCAGUCCACUGUAAGAGAAAUUGUUUACAAAUGGAGGAAAAUCAGUACUGUUGCUACUCUGCCUAGGGGUGGGCAUCCUGCAAAGAUCACACCAAGAGCACAAUGUGUAAUGCUAAAGGAGGUGAAAAAGAACCCAAGGGUAACAGCAAAAAAUCUGCAGAAAUCUCUAGAAAUUGCUGAAGUCUCUGUUCAUUUGUCCACUAUAAGAAAAACACUGAACAAGAAUGGUGUUCAUGGAAGGACAUCACACAGGAAACCACUAUUCUCCAAAAAAAAAAUUGCUGCAUGUCACAAGUUUGCAAAAGACCACCUGGAUAUUCUGCAACACGUCUGGGACAAUGUUCUGUGGAUAGAUGAGACAAAAGUUACACAUCACUAUGUUUGGAGGAUAAAGGGCACUGCACACCAAUACCAAAACCUCAUCUCAACUGUGAAGCAUGGUGGAAGGAGCAUCGUGGUUUGGGGCUGCUUUGCUGCCGCAGGGCCUGGACAGCUUGCAGUUAUUGAGGAAAUAAUGAAUUCAAAAUUCUAUCAAGACAUUCUGCAGGAGAAUAUCAGGGUAGUGGUACAUCACCUGAAGCUUAAUAGAAGACAAUGCAACAAGCCAAUGAUCCAAAUGACAAGAGUAAAUCAAUAACAGAAAAGAUUAAAAAAAAGAAAAUUCUUAUUUUGGAAUGGUCGAGUCAAAGUCCUGACCUUAAUCCUAUUGAAAUGGGGAAGGACCUGAAGCAAGGAAGUCCACCAAUAUCCCAGAGUUGAAGCAGUUUUGUAAGGAGGAAUGACCUAAAAUUCCACCGAGCCAAUGUGCAGGUCUAAUCAACAGUUUCCGGAAACAUUUGGUUGAAGUUAUUUCUGUAUGAGAGGGUCACACUGGUUACUGAAAGCAAAGGUUUACAUUUUUUCCAACAAAUACAUGUAAUAUUGUAUCAUUUUUUCUCAAUAAGUAAAUGAGCAAGUAUAAUUUUUUGAUUCUACAGGGUUCACAAACUUUCUCGCACCACUGUAUACAAAACUAAUUAAACUAGUAAUUAAAUGUCUGUCUAACCUAAUCCCUUCUCCCUGCACAACACACACGAAAUGUUGGAGGAAUUCGGCAGGUCAGUAGCAUCUAUGGAGACGAAUAAACAAUCAGUGUCUUGGUCUGAGAACUGGAAAAGUAACAGGGCAGUUAUUUCUCUCCAUAGAUACUGCCUGAUGUGCUGAGUUCCUCUGGCAUUUUGUGUGUGUUGCUACAGAUUUCCAGCAUCUGCAGAAUCUCUUCUGUAUGUAGCCUUCUGUCUGCCUGUUAAAUUCCUCUAUCAUUUCUGUCUCCAUUACCACACCUGGCAGCACAUUCCAAGCACCCACCACUCUCCGUAAAACAAACACUCGCCCUGCACUCCUUAGGUUAACCUAUUCCCUCCUAAAUAUAUACCAUCUAGUAUUAGACAUUUGGACCUGGGGAACAGAUACCAGUUGUCUUUCUGUGCCUUUCAUAAUUUUAUAAACCUCUAUCAGAUCUCCCUUCAGAUGCUGCUUCAGAGAAAACAACCCAAGUUAGUCCAACCUCUCCUUAUAGCACUUACCUUAUAAUCCUGGUGAACCUCUUCUGCACCUUCUCCAAAGCCUCCACAUCCUUUUCUCAUGCGGUGACCAGGACUGGACACGGCACUGCAGUUUUAGGCUACAUUUAGAGUACUGCAUUCACUUCUGAGUUCAAUCCUAUUUCAUUUCCCUCACACUCCCCUCCAGAAUACACCACUCAGCUACAAGGCAAGGAACUCUCAUAGUAGCCAGUUAACUCACUGACCUGUGUGCUUUCUCUCAGAGAGUGGUGAAUCCAGUGGUGGUGGAGGCUGGAUCAAUGGUACAUGGGCAGGAAAGGAUAUGGAGGGAAAUGAGUGAAAUGCGAACAACAGACUACCUUAAAUCAGCAUCUUUGUCAGCAUGGACCAGCUGGGCUGAAAGACCUGUUUCUGUGAUGGACUCGUGAAAUGGAAAUAGAUAGAUAUCAGAAUCAAAUUAUAUUUAUCACUCUCUUACAUGUUUAUAAUGAUUAAAGAUAACAAUUAGCUGUAUUUGUCACUUGCCCUGCGAAACAUCAAAACUUACAGUGAAACUUGUUCUUUGCAUCGAAGACCAACACAGUUUGAUGAUGUGCUGGAGGCAGCCCACAUCUUGCCCAUGCUACUUUGGAAGGAAACCCAGGUGAUCACAAGGAGAACAUAUGAACUCUUUAGACAGCAAUGGGAAUCAAACCCAGAACACUGGCACUGUAAGCUGCAACACUACCAUCCCAGUAGGAAACAGGACUGGACAUGCAUUACCCACUUAACCUCCAAUGGGCAGCAACGUUACUGGUGCCACAGUGGCACCAGUGAUAGAGCCACUGCCUCGUAGCUCCAGAGACCUGGGUUCAAUCCUGACCUUGGACGCUGUCCGAGUGGAGGUUGCACAUUCUCCCUGUGACUCUGUGGGUUUCUUCCCGGGGGCUUCAGUUUCCUACUAUAUGUGGUAGGUUAAUUGGCUGUUGCAAAUGCCCACAAAGUGAUAGAAUUAGGAGCUAGCUGGCACAGUAGCGGAGUGUGUAGCGGAAUGCUACUACAGGACCAUUGACCCGGGUUAAAUUCUGCUGCUGUUUGUAUGUUUCUCCGGGUGCCCCAGUUUCCUCCCAAGUUCCAAAGACGUACAAGUUAGUAGGUUAAUUGGUCACGUGGGUGUAAUUGUGUCAGUAGGGCCUGUUACCUUGCUGUAUCUCUAAAUAAAUAAAUGCGGAGGGGGAAUAAAAUAGAAAUAGCAUAACUGGGUGGUUGGUAUGGACUCAGUGUUUUUGUGUUGCGCCGUGGAGACAAAGCACCACCUUAGUAAAGAAGGGACUCGCGAUCCUGAAGUGCAAACCAGAGGAGAUGGAAGAGCCCUCACAGUCAUGGGAAUGUGCAAACUUCAUAUCGACACCGACAGCUGUGGAGGUCAGGAUCGAACCAGAAUCUGUACUCGCUCUGCCACCAGACAGAAGUACUGACUUGCUCCUCUCUAAUCUCUCCAGGUAUCCUCAGCUGAAGUACACCCAACCAGACCUGUGCAAAUUGGAUGCAUUUCCCUUGGCAUUCUUGAAGUAUUUAACAUGUAAGGCACCAAGAUUAGCAGCAGAGACUUUUGUGU